AUGGACGACGGGACCGUGCAGCGCUGCUACCGGGACCUGACAGCAGUGUUCUACUUCACGCCCGCCUGGGAGCGCGCGUGGGGGGGUCUCUUCCGCGACCUCGAGCACGGCGCGCGCGCGGCGGACUCGAACCCGCGACGACGCAAGCGGGGGGGUCUCAGGGCGGUGUCCGACACGGUGCCCCCGCGCACAGGCCCGACGGCGCGCGAAGUGGUCCCGGAGUUCAACAGCGCGGUGUUCUUCCGGGUGCCGCACUGGCACGAGGUGACGGCCGUGCGGGCGCCCGCGGGGACCAAGCGGUUCAGCGUGUUCGGGUGGUGGCUGACGGAGGAGCGGCUGUACCAUCUCAACCUGGGAGGCAGCACGUCGUACUAG